CUAUUAUUUCCAUGGCACACUUAUGCAUGAAGUUUUACACUCCCAAUGGAAUCGGGGAGGAAAGGGGUGAUCAAAAGAACGCCCGGUCCUGCUACUUGGAAGCAGUCAAGAAAAUGACCCGCCAAUUCGAACAAAUUGAUUUGGUCUCCCAGCAAGUAGACAAGGGAGAGGAGAAGGCUAGGAUUGAGCCGGAUGCAAACACGGAGGAGAUCCAGAUUGAUGCCUCCAAUCCUGAGAGGAAGGUCAAAAUUGGGGCUGAUCUUCAGGGAGAGCUAAGGACUGAGGUUGUCCAGGUGCUGACCAGGUAUAAAUCUUUGUUUGCCUGGAGUGUUGCUGAUAUGCCCGGAAUUGACCGGUCAGUCAUUUGCCAUCGUCUCUCUGUUCUUGAGGGGUCUAGGCCUGUAAGACAGAAGAAGAGAUUCUUGGCAAGUGAUAGGAGAGAUUUUGUAAAGAAGGAGGUUAAGGACCUACUUGAG